GGGGAACAAACAGCCCGGCCACUCACUCACUCUCUCUCACUCUCUCUCUCUCUCACUCGACUCGACUCGACUCGACUCGCUUUUGUUGUUCCUUCCUCCGGCUCCAUUACAUUCUCGACUGUUGCCAACCCUCACCCAUUCCUUCCCUCCGCCCUAAUUGAUACCCUCCUUUCCCCACCUCACCCCUCUCUGAGACAGCCUUCCCAAGCCAAGACCCCACUAACACACCUACUCCCCUCCUCCUCUACGAUAACAACAUGGGCUCACAGGCUGGAGUAUACGUUGGCAUUGUCGCCGGAGUGCUUCUCCUGCUCGGCACCUGCGUCGGGAUCCUCUACGGCAAGCACCGCAGGGACAUGAAGGAGGUCCGGGUACAAGAGCAAGUGAUUCACCAACGGAUGCAGCAAGUCGUCGAUAGCAACCUGCCUCCGUUCUAUGUGGACCAUGCGCUGGACCCCGUCUGCAUCUACGAGCAUGAGCUGCCCCCGGAUGUCGUCCCACCCGUGCGGCCGAUCCUUGUUCACUCGCCCUCCGAGGACAGCGGUCACCAUUACAUCUCCCCGGACGAGGACCCACUCGUGCCCUCCUCUCCGCAUCACCAACGCACCUAUUCCUCCUUCCCAUUCCCUAUCACAGCCUCUGUAGAAAACCCCACCGAGAACACCGAGACAUCUUCAGCAGGGAUCAGUACCGAACGGGCAUCAUCACUAGCAUCAGGACCACAGGAAGAACCAUUGGCGACUCAACUGAGCUUUCAAACAUCACCAGGUCUACCCAGUCCUGCAGUACUCGCCUCGUCCUCUCAUUCGAUCACGCCCUCCUCGAUCAGGACGGCGCCCUCACCUCGGAUUCUCGACCAGGAGACCCUGAACCUCGCCCGACUGCCGGCUCCGCCCUCGUACGACGUCCCCAACAGAGUUGUUGAUCGAUCGCCGCUCACACAUCCUCGUUACAGCCAUCAUCACUCUCACUCUGCAUCGGAUGCUCAGACGAUGAUGCUUUCGCCCAUGUCGGCAGCGGGGCGGGGCGCUCCGGACGAUUACUUUGGACACCAUGUCCGCACACGCGCCCAUACGAUCUCCUCGAGUCAACCGUACCAGCCUCACGGGGCCCAAGUUGGAGGAGAAGGAGAGUUGCCGCCGACACCACGGUACUCGCUCGAGUUCUCCCCGGAUAUCCCGCAUCAGCUUCAUCUGGAGGAACAUCAACGCGGUCGAGCGCUCUACGCUGCUUCGUUAUCGUCCAUGUCACAUUCUCGGCUCUCAUUGCAGGAUCCAGAAACAGCACGGAUACAGGUGCAGGCGCAAUACGAAGCGAUACGGUUACAAGACCGAUCGCACUCCCAGCCAUCGUAUCACACACCCACGUUUGUAUCCCAGGACGGCGCGAGUAGCAGCAGUAUUAUGGAAGAAGGCCGUCAGGGACAAGGACAGAGACAGAGACAGAGGCGUCCGGGUGUGAGGACCAGGGCGUCGACAUUUGGAGAGUCCUCCAAGUUGUUGAUCCAGAGGAUGCAGGUCGCGCUGUUGAGGAAGAAUGUCGUCCAGCAACAGCAACAGCAGCAGCAACAGGAUCUGAGAGUGAGCGGUGAAGAGAGCAGCAGCAACAGUCGAGCGGAGGGAUCUGGACAGGUUGUGAACCUUCAGCAACAGCUCGAAUUGUUGGAACGUAGUCGUCUCGGAGGUGUGGGUCUGGGGAUUCAUCAAGCGCCGGAGCAGCAGCAGGAACCAGAAGAGACGGGUGACGAUACGAGCGAAGAGGCCGAGACUGAGAAUUCCGGAAUUGUCAUAGUGGUGGAGGGACCAGAGUCCCCGGAGGAGCAAGCGGAGGAUGGCGCUAUGUGGACAGAGCGGCAGCACAUAGAACCCACCAUGCCUCAGAGCGACGCGUCCACGCACAUGGUGUCGACAACAACAACGGGGAUCUUGGGGUCCAUGCCCAUGGACUCUGUUUCCGUUCCUGUUGCAGUUUCAUAGCUACCAUACAUCUUUAGAAUUACACAUGUGUUAUAUACCAUCAAAGAGAAACGCUU